CUCAGCUAAAUAUAAUAUGGUCAAAAAAUAUCUACGCAAUGCUAUAUACUUUGUAGGCACCGGUUUUGACAUUUAAAAGCUCAAUUUUGGUUAAUGAUUUGCUUUUAGUGUUUUUGUUGGUUUCUCGCGGUCGUCAAAAUGGCGGGUCUUGUAGCAGACUACGAUUCGGACGAUUCUUCGGACCCGGAGAACAUCAACAAAGAGCAAUUUGAGGGGACUAACAGGGAAGACCGUAAAAGAACGAAUUAUCUAGAAGGAGCAUCUUCAUCAUCUUCUGAUUCCGAGGACAAUGCUGUAUCGCCUGAUGAUAGCAAAUAUGCAACAGAACAGAGACAGAAACUUCCAUCUCCAAACUUACAUAACCCAGGAGGGAGAACCAUUUCACAGACUAGUAAAUUGCCAAACCCAUUACUAGGGACUCCUGCCUCGCUGACGCACGACCGAACGCCCGCGGGACAGAGCGCCUCCAUUUUUCACAACCCGUAUCGGAUCGCGGAACGAGAGAAAGAGAAGGUCCUGGAGAAACACGUGAAGCUGACGCCGAACGAGAAACCCGCACACAUCGCCGGGAAGAAAGUCUGCUGGAACUUCCGCAAGGGGAGGUGUCGGUUCGGACACAAAUGCAAGUACGCCCACGACAGCGAUCUCCCCGCCUCACUCCAACACAACGAGGCCCCCACAGGGACUGUAGCUACAUCCGCAGGGUAUUUUGAUCAGCCAGAAGUGCUGAAUGAUGAGGACCCAGAUAACCCUGUACAGCACAGGAGAAAGAGACCAGGGCUCAGCCAGACUCUCCACCCACCCAAGAAAAGCAUCAAGGCGUACCAGAAACAGCAGGCGGUGGAGAGGCCGUGGAUGGCUCAGAAGAGGAGCUAAGACUCGGAGUAGAUUAAAGCAGCAAAUCCUCUUUGGAAUGAAAUAAAUAUAUCCAACAGAG